AUGGGGAAAACCCAGAAGCCUACUUCCCCAACCUGGGAAGACGUGUACGAGGCUAAUGUAGAGACAGAUCGAGGAGUAAAAGAAGGAAUUCGAUUUUUCGAUACAGCAGGACUAGAUCAUAUACAUAAGGAAAUACCCAGACACUUACUAGUUGGAGCUGAUGGGUUUCUUAUAGUUUAUAGUGUAGACGACGAUUAUAGUUAUCAAGUUACUCAGGCAAUAAAGAAAGAUAUAGAGAAGAAUCGUGAGAAAAAGGACGUUGUUAUUCUUGUUCUGGGGAACAAGAAGGAUAAAGGAGCAACCAGACAAGUAGAUACAACCCAGGUAUAA